GUGUCCUCAUCGGGCUGUGAGGCAGCGGGGAUCUGGUGCCCUGGAUGGGGGAGGGCGUCCUGCUGUGCGACUGGGGUCGGUGCCGGAGGUCCCCAAGUGCGCGCUCCACUGAUCGUGCCUGGGGUGGCCGUGGGUUGGUUUGGGGUGUGUGUGUGUGUGUGUGUGCGUGGCCGUCCACGUAGGGGCGGAGUGGUUGUGCAUUCCAGGUGUGUGUCAGUGUCCGGGGAUGCGUCUCUGUUGUGUAUCUGCCUGUGUGUGUGUGUUCAGUGUGUGCGCAUAGGGGUUUGCUGUGUGCACGCAGAUUUGGAGGUGAGUGUGUGUGUCCCCAAGCAUCUGUGCGUUUGUCUCUGUGAUGUGUGUGUAAAUGCCUGUGUGUGUCUGGUGCGUGGGGGGGUGUCUGGGUCCGUGUCUCGGACUUUCGAGUUUGUCUCUGGUCUGGUGUGAGCAUGCAAAUGAGCGUGUAUGUGUCCGAGUAUAGGCCUGUGUGUCUGUCUCCUUGGGUUGUCUGUGUGUAUGUGAGUGUGUGUUUCUAUGUGUGUAGGCCCCGGGUAUGUGUAUUUGUGUGUCCGUGUGUUUCUCUGGCUUGCCCCUUGUGUGCGUGUGUAAAUGAGUGUGUGUUUACACAUGUCUGGAAGUGUGUAGUUGUGUCUUCAUGUGUUUGUCUGAGUGUGCACUGAGCCUGUCGGCGUGUGUAUCUUUGGGGGAGGCUUCCUGGCGUCUUUUGUGAGUCUGCAGUGCCCCAGCGCCGGUCUCUGGCUGCGCGGGGUGUGUGUGUGUGUGUUGCUGCCAGUGUGUGUUUGUGUGUCUGGGUGUGGGAGUGGCGCCGCCCACUUCCCCUGAGUUGGUCACUGAGGCCACAGCCGUCUGUCUCAGGGUGCCUCCAGCGGUCGGGCUCAGGGCCUUUAAUUAGCGGUCGGUUGUGGGGGACCAGCCCGGGCGCCGGCCCCCUCCUCCCGCAGGCCCCAGCUGGGCCUUUGUCUGCUCUCCGGGCAGGGGCUGCCUCCUGCCGGCCUGGCCAGAUGUGCAGCGGGAGGAGGCAGGCAGCCGGCAGGCUGGGGCCUCUGCCUGGGCAGACGCGGCCUUGGCCUCUACAGGGGACCUGCCGUCGGCCCUGUCCCCCCAGCCUGGCUGGAGAGGUCUAGGUGUAGAGCUGAGGGUCCCUCUAGGAUCCCCAGGAUAGGAUCGGACGGAUCCUCUGUUUCUAAGCCAUUUCCAUUUCCCGGAGGCAUUUCCUCCUCCAGGCCUGGCACCCUCCCCUACGCUGGCCACCUCCCUCCUGCCUUCAGGGAGGAGGGGCUGGAGGAAUGGCCAGGCCUGGGUACACACACACGGAGUCACACACUCACAUGCUAUAAUCCAUAUGCAGUCACAGGUCACACACACGGUCACAUGCCAUAAUAUACAUGCAGUCACAUGCUCACAGUCACACACACAUGGUCACACUUACAUGCUGUAAUACACAUGCAGUCACACACACACAGGGUCUCACACACACACGUGCUGUAAUCCACAUUUAGUCACAUGCUCACAUACAGGGUCACACACUCAUGCUGUAAUCCACAUGCAGUCACUUGCUCACAGACACAGGGUCACACACUCACAUGCUGUAACCCAUAUGCAGUCAUGCUCACAUACAGGGUCACACACUCAUGCUGUAAUACACAUGCAGUCACGCAGUCACACACAGGGUCACAUGCUCACAUGCUGUAAUCCACAUGCAGUCACGUUCACAUACAGGGUCACACACAUGCUGUAAUACACAUACACUCACACAGGGUCUCACAUGCAGUCACAUGUGAGUCAUACAUGUCACAUGCUCACACAGGACCACAUACUCACAUGCUGUAAUGCACACGCAUGUAAUACACACACAUAGUCACACGCCACAGUGCAGAUCCCUCUCUGGCAUCCCGUUGCCCACCACCAUCUCUGUCCCCGAGCCCCUCUCAAGGUUCAUCUGCUGCCCCAGACACACUGCCUUGUUCAUGUCCCCCCACCACCCACCACCCAGUACCCGGGGCUGUGUCACACCUCUCCAGCACCUUGUGAGCAGGGCCCCAGCUCAGACACCUGUGAACCUUCUGCAGACCCCCUCUUCCCCCAACCCCAUGCAUUGUGCACAGGUGAGUCCCCUGCCCCUGCCCCCACCCCCUAUGCUGGGUCCUUCCACAAUGUCCCAAGCCUUGUCCCUCACCCCCUACCUCAGUCCAAAGCAUAGAAGGGGGUGUGAGGGUUUUGGGAGGAGCGCCUCACUUCAGAGGACAGUGAUGAGGACUGGGGGUGUUAGGGGGACCGGGACAGACCCAAAGACACUCUAGACAAGACUAGAGAGCCCCUGAAGGAGGAGGAUGGGCACCAGGCCUGGCAAAGCAAGAACGGGAGAGGAGGGAGGGAGCCAAUGGAGACGUGGGGGAGGUCCCUGCUUCACUUGCAAUGUGUGUGUUGCUACCUUUCAGGGGUGGCUUAGGGCAGGAGGGGGGUGUCAGAGGUUCCCAACCAGGAAGGGCCUUGAUUUGGGAGUUGGUUGACACCUCCAAAGAAGGAAUAAGGGAGAAGCAAGAAGAGAUGGAGAGGGAGAAGAGGUGGGUCUUGUUGGAGGGGUUCAUUAGUAACAGAAGAAAGAAAAGGUUUAAGGGAAGUUCUUCAGGGGCAGAGAGAGGGUCAGAAUUUCCUCAGCGAUCCCUGAGCUACAGACUCAGGUCGUGCUGAAGAUCAGCCCGGCUCCUCUUUGACCCCUCCCUGCCCAGGCUCCAAAGAAGAAGAAACCAAGGCCCAGAGAGGCCCAGGUGCAGGAAGCAGGCAAGGGAAGGAUCCGAACAGGAGCCCAACACUACUCCACCAACUGAAGCCCCCAAAAGGAGCCCGGUGAUGCUGCGCAGGCUGUGAACAGGAGAGGCGGCACUGUGGGGGCUGCCGGCAGCCAGGGCUGGGGAGAGACAUGUGGACACGUGGCCUCUAUGGCUCCCGCCUGCCAGAUCCUCCGCUGGGCCCUCGCCCUGGGGCUGGGCCUCACCUUCGAGGUCACACACGCCUUCCGGUCUCAAGAUGAGUUCCUGUCCAGUCUGGAGAGCUAUGAGAUCGCCUUCCCCACCCGUGUGGACCACAACGGGGCACUACUGGCCUUCUCUCCACCACCUCCCCGGAGGCAGCGCCGGGGCACAGGGGCCACAGCCGAGUCCCGCCUCUUCUACAAGGUGGCCGCACCCAGCACCCACUUCCUGCUGAACCUGACCCGAAGCUCCCGUCUACUGGCAGGGCACGUCUCCGUGGAGUACUGGACACGGGAGGGCCUGGCCUGGCAGAGGGCUGCACGACCCCACUGCCUCUACGCUGGUCACUUGCAAGGCCAGGCCAGCAGCUCCCGUGUGGCCAUCAGCACCUGUGGAGGCCUGCAUGGCCUGAUUGUGGCAGACGAGGAAGAGUACCUGAUUGAGCCACUGCAAGGUGGGCCCAAGGGUUCUCGGGGCCCGGAGGAAGGUGGACCACAUGUGGUGUACAAGCGCUCCUCUCUGCGUCACCCCCACCUGGACACAGCCUGUGGAGUGAGAGAUGAGAAACCGUGGAAAGGGCGGCCGUGGUGGCUGCGGACCUUGAAGCCGCCGCCUGCCAGGCCACUGGGGAAUGAAACAGAGCGUGGCCAGCCAGGCCUGAAGCGAUCGGUCAGCCGAGAGCGCUACGUGGAGACCCUGGUGGUGGCUGAUAAGAUGAUGGUGGCCUAUCACGGGCGCCGGGAUGUGGAGCAGUAUGUGCUGGCCAUCAUGAACAUUGUUGCCAAACUUUUCCAGGACUCGAGUCUGGGAAACACCAUUAACAUCCUGGUGACUCGCCUCAUCCUGCUCACGGAGGACCAGCCCACUCUGGAGAUCACCCACCAUGCCGGGAAGUCCCUGGACAGCUUCUGCAAGUGGCAGAAAUCCAUCGUGAACCACAGCGGCCAUGGCAAUGCCAUUCCAGAGAACGGUGUGGCUAACCAUGACACAGCAGUGCUCAUCACACGCUAUGACAUCUGCAUCUACAAGAACAAACCCUGUGGCACACUAGGCCUGGCCCCCGUGGGUGGAAUGUGUGAGCGCGAGAGAAGUUGCAGCGUCAAUGAGGACAUUGGCCUGGCCACGGCAUUCACCAUUGCCCACGAGAUUGGGCACACAUUCGGCAUGAACCAUGACGGCGUGGGAAACAGCUGCGGGGCCCGUGGUCAGGACCCGGCCAAGCUCAUGGCUGCCCACAUUACCAUGAAGACCAACCCAUUCGUGUGGUCAUCCUGCAGCCGUGACUACAUCACCAGCUUUCUAGACUCGGGCCUGGGUCUCUGCCUGAAUAACCGGCCCCCAAGACAGGACUUUGUGUACCCGACAGUGGCGCCAGGCCAGGCCUACGAUGCAGAUGAGCAAUGCCGCUUUCAGCAUGGAGUCAAAUCGCGUCAGUGUAAAUACGGGGAGGUCUGCAGCGAGCUGUGGUGUCUGAGCAAGAGCAACCGGUGCAUCACCAACAGCAUCCCAGCCGCCGAGGGCACGCUGUGCCAAACGCACACCAUCGACAAGGGGUGGUGCUACAAGCGGGUUUGUGUCCCCUUCGGGUCGCGCCCCGAGGGCGUGGACGGAGCCUGGGGACCAUGGACUCCGUGGGGCGACUGCAGCCGAACCUGCGGCGGCGGCGUGUCCUCUUCCAGCCGUCACUGCGACAGCCCCAGACCAACCAUCGGCGGCAAAUACUGUCUGGGUGAGAGAAGGCGGCACCGCUCCUGCAACACGGAUGACUGUCCCCCUGGUUCCCAGGACUUCAGAGAAAUGCAGUGUUCUGAAUUUGACAGCAUCCCUUUUCGUGGGAAAUUCUACACAUGGAAAACGUACCGGGGAGGGGGCGUGAAGGCCUGCUCACUCACAUGCCUAGCAGAAGGCUUCAACUUCUACACGGAGAGGGCGGCAGCCGUGGUGGACGGGACACCCUGCCGUCCAGACACGGUGGACAUUUGCGUCAGUGGCGAAUGCAAGCACGUGGGCUGUGACCGAGUCCUGGGCUCCGACCUUCGGGAGGACAAGUGCCGAGUGUGUGGCGGUGAUGGCAGUGCCUGCGAGACCAUCGAGGGGGUCUUCAGCCCAGCCUCACCUGGGGCCGGGUACGAAGAUGUCGUCUGGAUUCCCAAAGGCUCUGUCCACAUCUUCAUCCAGGAUCUGAACCUCUCUCUCAGUCACUUGGCCCUGAAGGGAGACCAGGAGUCCCUGCUGCUGGAGGGGCUGCCUGGGACCCCCCAACCCCAUCGCCUGCCUCUGGCUGGGACCACCUUUCAGCUGCGACAGGGGCCAGACCAAGUCCAGAGCCUGGAAGCCCUGGGACCCACCAAUGCAUCUCUCAUCGUUAUGGUGCUGGCCCGGACCGAGCUGCCUGCCCUCCGCUACCGUUUCAAUGCCCCCAUCGCCCGUGACUCACUGCCCCCCUACUCCUGGCACUAUGCGCCCUGGACCAAGUGCUCAGCACAGUGUGCAGGCGGUAGCCAGGUGCAGGCGGUAGAGUGUCGCAACCAGCUGGACAGCUCGGCAGUCGCCCCCCACUACUGCAGCGCCCACAGCAAGCUGCCCAAGAGACAGCGCGCCUGCAACACGGAGCCUUGCCCACCAGACUGGGUUCUAGGGAACUGGUCGCGCUGCAGCCGCAGUUGCGAUGCGGGCGUGCGCAGCCGCUCGGUUGUGUGCCAGCGCCGCGUCUCGGCCGCAGAGGAGAAGGCACUGGACGACAGCGCGUGCCCGCAGCCGCGCCCACCUGUGCUGGAGGCCUGCCACGGCCCCACUUGCCCUCCGGAGUGGGCGGCCCUCGACUGGUCUGAGUGCACCCCCAGCUGCGGCCCAGGCCUCCGCCACCGAGUGGUCCUCUGUAAGAGCGCGGACCACCGCUCCACGCUGCCUCCCGCACACUGCCCGCCUGCCGCCAAGCCGCCGGCCACCAUGCGCUGCAACUUGCGCCGCUGCCCCCCGGCCCGCUGGGUGGCAGGCGACUGGGGUGAGUGCUCGGCACAGUGCGGCGUCGGGCAGCAACAGCGUUUAGUGCGCUGCACCAGCCACACAGGCCAGGCGUCUCACGAGUGUACGGAGGCCUUGCGGCCGCCCACCACACAGCAGUGUGAGGCCAAGUGCGACAGCCCGCCCCCCGGGGAUGGCCCUGAAGGGAUGUAAAUGAUAUAUUCACUUGAGGGGUACUCCAGAAGGGAGAUAUAAUAAAAUGAUCCCCCAAGGGCCAGUGGGCAAGGUGACUCACGCCUUUAAUUCCAGCACUUUGGGAGGGUGAACUGCAAAGA